AUGGCAGAACGUGAAUUGCUCGUCGUGUUGGUAGCAGAACGUGAGUUGUUCGUCGUGUUGAUGGCAGAACGUGAGUUGCUCAUCUUGUUGAUGGCAGAAUGUGAUGUGAUGGAAGGAGGUGAGUUACUCACUAUGUCGAUGAAGGUGAGGUGUUGGAAGGAGGUGAGUUACUAUGUUGAUGAAGGUGAGGUGGUGGAAGGAGGUGAGUUACUCACUAUGUCGAUGAAGGUCAAGUUUACGGGCGUGCGACUUGAAAAGCACGAAGGAUUUACGAUGGGAACUCAAUCAUCGAGAAAUGAUAUAGCCAUUGGGACUCUUCAGAUUCCUCUUGAUCUGUCCAAUCCGCUGAUAAGUGCAGUAACCUUAGCAACAGGUCCAGAAGACUUCGCGGACAAAUCGUGCACCUUCACUGGUUGGGGUAGCACCAACUCAACAAUGACGUAUCCAACAGCCCUACGACAAGCUGACUUGACCAUUUUAUCUAACGACGUCUGCAGAACCAACUACACUUCUCUCGAUAUACAGGACGGCCAUCUUUGCACGCAGAAUGAGGACAAGACCAUUUGUUUUGGGGACUUAGGAGGUCCGAUUGUCUGUGACGGUGUGUUGGCUGGCCUAUCUUCGUUCGGGAUUCUGUUCAAUGACAAAUGCAGUUCCGCCUACCCGUCAGUGUUCACCAGAAUCAGCUUCUACCAAGACUGGGUCACGAACCAGCCAUUUUGA